UUUUUUUUUUCUGUUUUAUCUCCUAUAACACUAAAUAUACCCCUAUUAUCCUACCAUUUUUUUUUUAACAGCUUAAAUAGACUUUACCUCCAAUUUUUUUUUUCUUUUUGAAAAAAAAAAAGGCAAACCUUAAAAUAAUGGAUACAGAUUUUAGAAUAGAUUUCCUUGAUCAUUGUGCUGCAUUAGCUUUUCACGAUUCCAUAACAUUAGAUCCAAACAGUAAUGCUAAUAACAAAAAAGCUCGUGUAGUUACAUUAGAUUUCCUAACAUCUUGCUUAAUUGAACGAUCCACCUAUGAUUAUAUCAAUGUUAUUCAACAGUUUAGUACAACUGAAAAUUUUUUCAGGACAGUAGGACGUGAAAUGAUGAGAUCAGGUGCGUUACAACGUUGGCAAUCAUGGAAUUAUGAAAUCAUGACUGUCUCUACUUACUAUGAUGAUAAACGAUACCAGCAUCGUUAUUUUUCAAAACUUACAGAACAAUUAUCAAAUGAUACAUUGUUGUUUGUCUUUUAUAAAAAGGAGGAUAAACGACGCUUCGAACAUGAGAGAGCGCUUUUAAAAAAGAAGCCAAAAAAGACGGAUCAUGAAUCUUUUAAUAAACAUAGCAACUUAAUAGCUGAUCCUGCGAGCCGUGAAAUACUCGAGCUUUGUCAGAGUUAUAGUCCAACAGAAUUAUUUUUCACUCAGGCAAAUACAUUAGUGAAACGACUUCAAAAGUUAAUAGACCAAGUAUGGCCUGAUAUGAAUUAUAAAGUAGUUAUAUUUGGGUAUAUAUAUAUAUUUAUACAAAUAUUUUAUUUAUAUAUAAAUAUAUAUAUAUGCAUGUAUAAAUGAUUUUUUUAAAGCGAUGACAAAAAAUAUACAAAUAUAUAGUAUUUAUUUAUUUAUUUAUUCAUUUAUUAUAUAUAU